GUGGCUUCCUCCCCGCCGGAACUACGAGUCCCAUGGUUCCUCGCGCGGCGGCGUGCCCUGUGGACCUGCGAGCGGGCACGGAGGGUCGGAGCACGUUGCUAGUGGGCGCGGCUGGCCUGGGCGGUGGAGGCCUAGUGCUGGCCUGAGCCCUGCGACACGGCACCCUGCCCCACGCUCGGCCGGGACGCCUUGGAGAGGCAGCGUCAUCCGGCCCGUGCGGCGGGAUUCCGUGGAGACCGCCCUCCCACAUCCUGAGAGUCUCUGUAGAAGCUGAAAUCCAUCACCAGCCUUCAAAAUGCAAUGGAAUGUACCACGGACUAUGUCUCGGCUGACACUCAGGACAUUCUUGGAACCACAGAAAACCAGGCUCUCUGAUCACCACCGGAGCAUAAAAGGACCAUUACCUUGGCAUGGAGAUGAAUACAGACUAGUUUGGACACCACACCUUCGGAAGCAGUGGUUACAUUUACCUGCUGUGCAGUGCCUUGCAAAGCGAAGGAAUCAAUUAGAUGCUCAGCGACCUCAGCAGGGAGUCUUUCACCAGGAACGAUGGGAGCGGGAUAUUUUAGCCAAGAGGGUUUUAUCUUCCAGUGCCACAUCUCAAGAAACUCCAUCGGAAAAGAAAGAAGAGCCAGAUCCUUUACAAGACAAGUCUAUUAGUCUUUAUCAACGGUUUAAGAAAACCUUUAGACAGUAUGGAAAAGUCUUAAUUCCUGUGCAUCUAGUAACUUCUGGUAUUUGGUUUGGGACAUUUUACUAUGCAGCUAUAAAAGGAGUGAAUGUCAUCCCUUUCCUAGAGGUCAUUGGAUUACCUGACAGUGUAGUAGACAUCCUGAAAAAUUCCCAAAGUGGAAAUGCCCUGACAGCAUAUGCCAUGUUUAAGAUUGCAACACCUGCCCGCUAUACUGUGACCUUGGGAGGAACAUCCUUUACAGUGAAGUAUCUACGAAGUCACGGAUACAUGUCAACCCCACCACCUGUCAAGGAGUAUCUGCAGGACAGAAUGGAGGAGACUAAAGAGCUCAUUACCGAGAAAAUGGAGGAGACAAAGGAUAGACUCACUGAAAAAUUACAAGAAACCAAAGAAAAAGUCUCUUUUAAGAAAAAAGUGGAAUAAGAGUGCCUUAUAUAAGAUGUUACAGAAAACCCCACACUUUAAUCCUAGGAGACUGGGGGCAAAGAACAUGUUCAGAAUUUCUUUCUUUUUUUGGUUGCUUGCCUAAAUGUGUAUAUCAGUCCUCUCUCUGAGGGUUAAAGAACAGUUUUUUUGUUUUUAAGUUAAAUAACAGUCGAGGGGAAAAAAAAUCAAUGUUUUUCAAAAUGAAAUGAACCCAGCAUACAAAUAUUAUAUGAGUUGCAGUAAUAAGCAACGGCCAAUGCCCUCGAAGUCAGAGUUCCUGUUCCAUAGCCUCAGAAUCCAAUCUGCUUCACGGUCUCUGACAUUGCAGUGUGUGUACCGGUCAGUCCACUUAUAGAGUGAAGGCCACUAAGUGCCCAGUUUUGUGGGAAUGAACACCAUUCAGACUCUGGGUAAGAGACUGGAGAAGUUACCUACAAGUUAACAUGUAGCCCUUAGUUCAAGAAGGUUAUAUAAAUCCAGUCUUGCAUUUAUUAGUAAGAUAUAUUGGUUAUGUGAUGAAAUGGACCCUGUAAAAUGGUUUUUAACUGGAGCUUAUCAAAAUCACAUUUUUAAAGCAAAUUCUUUUUCAAACUUAACUAUGCAUGGUGGUUGGACACUUGGACUGUCAGACUUUCUUGUAACUCACUUCUGUCUUCUCCAGCCAAUCUUUGGAAGAAAAUGAAAGUUUUUAUAAACUUUAUUAUUGAAAUCACAUACAUCAGCAACUCAAGUUCACUGUUCUUAACUACAUCAAGCUUUGAAAGACCACUACAGAUUUGGGUAGGAACAAGUCUGUAGCUGUGUAUGCUCGAGAAUGGAGACCAAGCGGGCAGUGCACCCAUAAGGCUCAUCUCAGAUCUCUCCCACUAUUUCAGCCCCUGUGGGAUCUGGGUCCUUAUAUCCCUGGUCAAAACAAGAGGCCUGUCUGUCAUAGGUCCCAUUAGAAUUGUGGUUAGUGUUUGUCAUACUGGAAGAGUCCCUGCUUAAAUAUUCUGCUUGACUGUCUCUAGGAUGCUGCAGGAUGUCGUUCUGUGUUUGGGUGCACUGCACUCUGAGCUUUCCUUCAGGUCUAUCUAACCCUUGGGUUGACACUGGCGCAAGAAAUGGCCUCUUUAAAGGGCGUUGGUUUUGACUUGCCAUCAGAAGAAUGUCAGAGACCUUGCCACAUAGGUAUCCCAUUCAGCCCCUGCUUUGUGACAGAAUUUGUCAAAUGCUUAAUUUGGCCAAAUUUAGAGAAUAAGGAGAUAACCUCACACUUGAGAUAUCUAGUCAUUUUAUUGAAACACUAAGUGAAAAUGCUAUUGUUGGAGUCUUCUGGGUUGGAGAAUUACAGAGGGGAAUUUGUCAUGGGUCUCUGUUCUUUUGUGUGUUGGCAGCAUGAUUAAUCUGAGGCAGAGUUCAGUGCACUGCUACAAGUUGAUGGCACCCUUUCAUAUAAGCAGGACAACACACUUAUUGUCCUGCUUAUUGAACAGUAAGAUAGUAAAUGCUGAUGUAUUAACAUUCACACACACCCCCAAGCAGCCAAGAAUACCAUGCUAAAUUUGAUAAUAAAGAAGUCUUUCUCCUAAAACCUUUUACCAGUCUCAAUGCAUAGGGCUAUCAUCUAGUGGAGGUAGUUUGAGAGCUCUUAAGACAUUGCUAAUAAUCAUGAGGCUGCAGCUUUUAUCCCCAGUAGAUAGAUGUCUUCUGCCUAGUCCACUGGAGUCUUAUCACCCUCCAGUUCUAAGUCUGGGUUGUGUCUCACCAGUUAUAGCAGAUGAGGAGUUGUUUGUAUCUGCUUUUAAAUCCAGUGAAAAGGUCCCUAAAGAUUUGAGAAGUUAUAUUGUUACUAUUGGGCAUCAGAGAUGUCAUAAAAUGCUGUUGUUAAUAUUAUCCUUAAAACAAACAACAACCAACUUGUAGGGGAUCCUGCAAUGUGUUGAUAGCAGACAACAGUACAUGUCAACUUAAAUUAUCAAAAUGUAUAAUACAGAUUUUGUAUAUGCUGAACUGCAUUUUAUUUACAACAGAUCAUGGGCUUCUCUUAACCUCAAGGGAAACAAGGAAGCUCCAUGUCUGGUGUGCACAUUUUAUCCUUUUGACACUGAUGUCACUCAUGAAGCUGUGACUGAGAUUUUUUUUUUAUGGACAAAAACCAUUUGCUUAGCAAAUUAGUAAGUUCAAAAGAAAAUGGAUUAGGUACGAAGCUUGGUUUGUUAAAGAAUAAGAGUAAAACCUGCCUUUUAAAAUAUCACUUAUUGAGAGCCUUUUGUAUAAAAUGGGGUGCUGUUUGGAUGUCACCAAAGGGAAAAGUUUGUAUAUUGGGAAUAGCUUUCUCCCCACAGUGAAAUAAUAAAACUAAGACUUGAAAUAUU